AUGACUCAAAACGAAGUCCCAAGCCUGCAGUCCCUAGUUGCAUUCUACCCCGACACUUUCUGCUUAGUCAUGGCGAAGCGUCGUCGAGAAGAGGUUGCAGAUAUUCUAGGCCAGCUUGUUGGCCUAGUCGACGGCCCACCUGAGGAAUCGGUCUUGGCAAAAGCCCAGCAGUACCUGGAGAAGCUGGUGGUUAGCACGAAAGAAAACGUCCAGCACCUCGACGCCCAGCUCACCAAGUUGACGAAAACCACCAAUACCGUCGUGCAUGAGCGCCAACGAAGACAGCAACAGGACCUGCCGGCGGGUGCCAAGGAUGUCGAAAUGGAAGAUGCACCACCGGCAGACGACCCGGCGGGCGAGAGUGGCAAUUCGGCUGCCGAAGACCGACCUGUCAGUCGCGUCUCGGACGACGCGGAUAACCUUGAUGAAAACGCCCAGUCGGCGAGCACAAACGGCAGUUCAAAGUUCGUUCAAAAUCCCAAGUCGGAGUUUGUUGCGUCCCAGGUGCUGCCUAUCUCUGCUCUCGGGUUAUUCGACGACACAGCCGGCGACGACGAUCUAAAGGCUAAAUAUGGUGUCGCAUCGUAUCCCGCUCAGGAUUUGAGCCCCUUCUUGCCGGGUCCUAUACCAGACGAAGAUUAUACACGAGCAAAGCCGCCCAAUCAGGUCCAGGGAACGACAUUUGCUGCCUUUUUAGAGCCCUACUUUCGUCUGUUCAACGAAGAGGAUCUGGCGUUCCUUCAGCAACGCACAGUGGGCACAGAAGUUGUCUCGUUCGGUAGAACUAUAUCCCCUUAUGUUAUUCCUCCACUUGGGCCGCUUUAUACAGACGUAUGGGCUGAGGAAGACCGUCACCAUCACCAGCAUCCGUCGUACAACGUGACCCCUGCACCGCGGGCCGUGGAUCCCGACCAGUACAUUGCUCAUGGGUCUGCACACGACAUCAGUGAUAUGAACGUUGAGACCGGUCGUGUUGUGGUUGGUCCCCUGACCGCCCGACUAAUGUCGGCCAUUCUGCCCGAAGACGGAGGAGAGGAAGAAAGCACCCCCAUGCCUCCGUCAAUCACCCAAAUCACCCCCGAAUCCAUCGAUGCGCUCUCUGCCGAGUCCGCUGCGGCUGCCAAGCAGGUUCUUGCCAGCUUUAGCGGUCUAGAAGAGCGAUUGAUGCGGGAAUUCAGAUACGUGGGGAUUCUCGAUAUGAACAUUUUACGUCAAGAUGUGAAAAACAGACACCAAUUCAAGCUUGCCAUCGAUUCGUCAAACGAUAUGGGCGUGGACAGUGAUGAUCUCGAACUAGACUGGAACAACGGUGCAGAGGAUGAUGAGGUGUGCCGAGAGAUGCGCGAGCUGCAGGCCAAACUCCGGGUUGUGACAGCAAAAAACCAAAAAUAUAAGCGGCGGUUACUACCGCAUGUCCAGGAGCAAAUGGCAUGGCAAGAAUACACAUCUAUUUUGGACGACCUGGACAAACAGGUUGAUCAGGUUUAUCUCAAACGGCUCCGGGUGCCCAAAUCCAAAAAGAAGAAGACGUCAUAUGCUCCGGCCGAAGCCUCGCCGGCUCCCAGCACCACUGCAGUCGCCAAGGUCGUGGAUCAAAAGCCCGCAACCCGAGCGGCCCUCGACAAGCGCACCCGCUGGAUGACAAAAAUCGGAUCUGUGUUCCGGCCGCAUUAUCUCAUGUGGAGAUCGCACAUGGAAAGCAAGUUCGACGGAGAUGACGAAGACGAGGACGACGAGGAGGAAGAAGAGGCCUAA